AUGGCAGUUCCUCUAGUGGAUGAUUAUAAGGGUUGCAAAUUAUUGUUGACUUCAAGGAGCCAAGAUAUCUUACAAAAGAAUGACACUCACAAGAACUUCGCCCUUCAACUUUUGGAUGGUGAAGAAUCUUGGAGAUUGUUUGAAGCCACGGUUGGUGAAGAUAAAGAUGAUGAGGUCCGAACUAUAGCAACCCAAGUGGCUCAAAAGUGUUUAGGCUUUCCUGUUUUGAUAGUCACAAUUGCAAAGUCAUUAAAGGAUAAAGGUCUUCAUUAUUGGAGAGAUACCUUGAACAACCUAGAAAAGGUUGAUAACAAAGACGUCCAAGAAACCCUUAUUUUAGCUUUGAAAUUCAAUUUGAAUCGGUUGGAAGAUGAAGUAAAGAAAGUUUUCUUUCUUUGUGGUGUACAUGGAACAUUCAUACCCAUCAGUGACUUGUUGAAAUAUGCGAUUGGCUUGGGUAUAUUCAAACAUGUAGAUACCAUUGAGGGUGCCAGGAAUAAGCUUCAUAGAAUAAUUGAUGACUUGAAGGCGUCUUGUUUGUUGGUUGAUGAUGAUGCAAGAUCGGGAGUGAUCAAGAUGCAUAAUAGUGUUCGUGAAGGAGCUGUCUUGAUUGCCUCGAAAUUUGUUUUUACUAAAUGUAAUUUGAAGCUGCAAGAUUGGCCAAGAAAGGAUAUUCCAGAAAGAUGUACCCAUAUUAUCUUGAAACGUUGUUACAUACAAAAGCUUCCUGAAAGGUUAGAGUUUCCCCAUCUAACAUUUCUCCACAUAAAUAGCAUGGAUAAUCAGACUUUAGAAAUUCCAGAUAUCUUUUUUGAGGGGGUACAAAACCUUGAGGCAUUAGAUUUAACAGGCAUGAUCAUGUCUUUAUUACCAACAUCUCUCAGGCACUUGACCAAACUCAAAAUGUUGUGUUUGGAUUUUUGCUCUUUGAAAGAUAUGACUGGAAUAGGUGCUUUGAUAAAUUUAGAAAUUCUUACCUUAAUCUAUUCAUCCAUGGAAGAGUUCCCAAGUGAAAUAGAGCAGUUGACCAGGCUUAGAAUGUUGGACUUGAGUAAUUCUAGUACUACGAUUAAGACCACCCUACCCAACAUUUUGUACAAGUUGACCAAAAUAGAGGAAUUGUAUAUGGGCAAUGCCAUAAUUAAGUGGGAGGUAGAAAGUUCGUCUGAGCAAAAGACAAAUGCAAGUCUUCCUAAGCUUAGCCAUUUGAUUUGCUUGACCACUCUAGAAAUUCAAGUUAGUGAGGCUAGGCUUUUGCCCAAGGACAUACCAUUUGAUAAGUUAGAAAGAUACAAGAUUGUUAUCGGAGAUAAAUGGGAAUGGUCAAACAACAAAGAGACCUUAAGGUUGCUAAAGGUGAACUUGGAUACCAGCAUUCGAGGGGAAGGAGGGAUCAAAACAUUGAUUGAAAGAGCUGAAGAUUUAUACUUGGAUAAUAUAAGUGGCAUUUCAAAUGUGCUUUUUGAAUUGAAUGGCGAAGGAUUUCCAUCGCUAAAGCAUUUGCUUAUCCAAAAUAAUGGUGAAGUUCAACAUAUUAUCAACUCCAUGAAGAGGAAUCAAACUCAAGCUUUAUUCCCAAAAUUAGAGGCACUAAUACUUCAGAAUCUCAAUAAUUUGGUGAAGAUAUGUCAUGGUCCGAUUAGGAAUGAUUCUUUUGGCCAACUUAAGCUCGUCAAAGUCGAAAGUUGUGAUCAAUUAAUAUGUCUCUUCUCUGUUUCAGUGAUUAAAGCUUUUUCUCAUCUUGUUGAGAUUGAAGUUUCAGAAUGUAAUUCCAUGACGAAGAUUGUGUCUCUAGAAAAUGCAGAGAGCGGAAAAAUUAUUGAUGACAAUAUUGAGUUUCUUUCAUUGCGCUCUUUGACCCUACAACAUUUGCCCGCCACCUACAAUUUUUACUCUCACGAGUUGACGUCUCUUCCGAGAACUAAGCAGAGCUCGCUGCAGCCUGGUACUCUGACACCCUUUUUUAGUGCCAAGGUUAAAUUUUCUAAUCUGGAGACUUUGAAGUUGAGUUCGGUUAAUUUGAAAACAAUUUGGGAUGACAAAACGCCAUGCUUGAUGGAGAAUUUGGCCAACUUGACUGUAGAAGAUUGCUGUGGCUUAAAGUAUUUAUUCUCGUCUUCUAUAAUUGGAAGACUAUCAAAUCUCAAGCAACUUGAAAUAAGUAAAUGUGAUACGAUGGAGAAGAUAGUUGCUAUAGACGAGAAUUAUGGCGGUGCAACAACACAGGUGCUUUUCCCCAAAUUGGAAGCAAUAAUAAUAAAAGACAUGCAGAAUUUAAAGAUGAUAUGGCAACCCAUUCUGGCUUCAAAUUCUUUGGCCUGCUUUAAAACAUUGGAAGUCAAGAAUUGUGAAAAAAUUGAGAAGAUAUUUCCCAACUAUAUGAAUGGAGCACUUGCAAAUCUAGAAACAUUGAAGGUUGAAGGCUGUAUGUCGGUGGAAGAGAUAUUCCAGUUGGAUGUCGAUGCAGGUAAUACAACGCGGCUCAAGGACAUCACGCUACUCCAAUUGCCACAACUGAAACAAAUUUGGAGCAAAGGUUCUCAGUCAAGUCUUCACCUUGAGAACUUGCAAGUUGUGCGUGUUGAAGACUGCGGUGAUUUGGAGUACCUUUUCCCAUUCUCCAUACCCAUGAACUUGCCUCUACUUGAACAAAUUACAAUAAAGCGAGCUAAAAGGAUGAAGGAGAUUGUUUCUUAG